ACAGACGAAUGGUUUUAAUAAUGUACAAAACUGAACAAUCUCUGAGAUCAGAGGAUAAUACAAACUUCCUCUCAAAGAUACUUCCUGAGAAAAUAAAAAAAAUUAGAAUUAUAAUGAAGAUAAAUGCUUAAAAAAUUGUGAUCCAGACACGCGUCAUUUACUCUAUUAUUUGUUGCCAACUCCCAAUAUCUGUUGGUUGAGGCCCUGAACAUUACAUUUUUUUAUUCGGAGCUUGCCUCGAGAUCGAAGGUUCGAUUCUAGCCAUGUCAACAGCGACUUCAAUAUGCUCCACAGCGGUGACAAACGCCCCUCUGUUUCACAAGACAGGGAGUUUCUUGGGGAAAAAGCACAACAGAGUCUUACUAUCACCCUCUUCAAGGAAAAUCAGCACCAUAGUGAAGGCAUCUGCCCGAGUUGACAAAUUCUCCAAAGCUGACAUCAUUGUUUCUCCUUCUAUUCUUUCUGCAAAUUUCGCAAAGUUGGGUGAACAGGUCAAAGCAGUGGAGUUGGCAGGUUGUGAUUGGAUUCAUGUUGAUGUCAUGGAUGGACGGUUUGUACCCAAUAUUACCAUUGGGCCUCUAGUGGUUGCCGCAUUACGACCUGUGACUGAUUUGCCUUUGGAUGUGCAUUUGAUGAUUGUGGAACCGGAACAACGUGUUCCAGACUUUAUCAAGGCUGGUGCAGACAUUGUUAGCGUACAUUGUGAACAGUCCUCCACAAUCCACUUGCACCGGACUGUGAAUCAGGUCAAGAGUCUUGGAGCUAAAGCUGGAGUGGUUCUGAACCCAGGAACUCCACUCAGUUGUAUAGACUAUGUGCUUGAUGUGGUAGACUUGAUCUUAAUCAUGUCGGUCAAUCCUGGCUUUGGUGGACAAAGCUUUAUAGAAAGUCAAGUAAAGAAAAUUUCAGAAUUAAGGAGAAUGUGUUUAGAGCGGGGGGUGAAUCCGUGGAUUGAAGUAGAUGGUGGUGUCACUCCGUCGAAUGCAUACAAGGUAAUUGAAGCCGGGGCAAAUGCUCUGGUGGCAGGCUCUGCAGUAUUUGGAGCAAAAGAUUAUGCUGAAGCUAUUAAGGACAUCAAGAACAGUAAGAGGCCAGCACCAGUCGCAGCAUAAGUUCAUUGAAAAAUAAGGGUCCAGUAUAUGCCUCUGAUUCUAUUUCAAACUCGGCACACGGAUCAUCUGCAUCAUGCUCAGGAAUAAAUUGGAACUAUAGUGAACUGUGAUAUAUUAUUGGUUGUAUUGUCCAUUCAAGGAGCUUGCUAAAUAACGCAAAAAAUUCUGCCUGUGAUCUUACAGUCAUUAGAUAUUGUAUAAUAAUUCCAAAUGAAAGUUUCUCGAGAGAAACAAAAUUAAGCAACUUCAUCUAUAAUUAACUUCCAAGAAUGCUGGUUCAGGCUAAGCUGGAGUAGAAAGACAUAUUGUUGUAAAAGAGAAAUUCUGGAAUGAUUACUAUUUCUUUGGUGGA